UUGCGAGCUCUUUCGGUUCUCGCCUGUCACCAGAGAUGAAGCAGCGCGUGGCUGUAAUCGGCGCCGGAGCCGCAGGGCUGGCGGCUGCACGCCAAGUCAGCGCCAGGGCCGACGAGUUCGAGUGCGUUGUCUUCGAAAUGUCUGACCAGGUCGGUGGCACUUGGGUUUACACAGACCAGGUGGGAAAGGACGAAUUCGGACUUCCUGUCCAUUCCAGCAUGUACAAAAGUCUCAGGACUAAUUUGCCAAAAGAGGUGAUGGGCUAUCCAGACUACCCGAUACCCGAGCAGCAAAAGUCUUAUUUGUAUGCGAGGGAAAUUCUGCAAUUUUUGAAUGAUUACGCCGAUCAUUUUGGAGUUCGCAAAUUGAUCAAGUUCCGUCAUCACGUUGAAAAGAUCAAACCAGUGUCAGGAGGAGUGAAAGAGGCCUGGGAGGUGACAUUCAAAAACCUGCUCGCAAACAAAUCGGAGACACAGAUUUUUGACGCUAUCAUGAUUUGCAAUGGGCAUUAUAACACGCCAUUCAUUCCGGAGAUUGAGGGCCAAGCCAAAUUCUCUGGAAAAAUUCUGCACAGCCACGACUACCGCGAGCCGUCCCCCUUUGUUGGCCAGCGAGUGGUGGUGGUCGGCGCUGGACCUUCGGGGAUGGAUUUGGCUCUUGAGAUCGCGCGCAGCGCCAAAGAGGUGGUGCUCAGCCACCACAACCCCGACCCCAUCAAAACCGUUUUCCCACCGAACGUGCGCCAAACCCCAGACAUUAUUCGCAUGGAUGGCAACAAAAUCCAUUUUAGAAAUGGAACUAAUGCUGAAGUCGAUGUCAUAUUUUACUGCACAGGUUACUGCUAUAGUUUUCCGUUCUUGGACAAGGAGGCAGGAGUUUAUGUCAAAGACAAUCACGUCCAGCCCCUGUACAAGCACCUAGUCCACAUAAACAAACCUUCCAUGUGCUUUGUUGGUCUGCCCUUUUACGUUUGCGCCUUCUCAAUGUUUGACUUGCAGAGUCGAUUUUUCAUUAAAGUCUUGGAUGGCUCAUUAACACUACCCUCAUCCGAGGAUAUGUUGGCUGAAAUGGAGGCUGAAGCUAAGGAUCGCAGGGAAAAAGGACUGGGACCCAGACAGGGACACAUGAUGGGACCAAUGCAGGGUGAUUAUUACGAAGAUUUGGCAAAAACUGCAGGAAUCGAACCCCUGCCCCCCGUGCUGACCAAAUUGCACAAUGAAAGCUCGCAGCGAUUUUUGGACGACUUGUGCAAUUAUCGAGAGGACGUCUACAGGAUUGUUGACAGCGAAAAGUUUGUCCAAAUUGCAUGAAUUUUGAAUAUAAAGAAAAAUUGAUUAUAUAUUAGUUGGACCAAAUUUUAAUUUUAAAGAAAAUAAAUAUGUGAGUAAUAGCUUA